AUGUGUACCGAAAUGGAAGAACCACACGAUGAUGCCGUCUGUAUUCGACGCCGACAUACUGUGCCCGCAUCGUGGCCUCGUCAUAGCUCUACAGUCACCUCUCCCGAUGCUAGUUUGCUUAUCAUCGUUGAUGAAUAUUCAUCUAUGGAGCAGCGGGACUCAGACUACGUCGUGGUCUUGACACACGGGACGUCAUUCAGCAAAGACUUUUGGAAACCGAUUAUCGAGUUUUGGUUUCGACCGAAUAGCGGCAUGCGCGCCUCGAAGGUCCUCGCGCUCGACGCAGUAAACCAUGGCGACAGUGCCCUUGCGAACAAACAAUACCUGGGAGAACAAGACUUGUUCGCUCAAGUUAUCCUGGUUGAACCUAUCCUAUUCCAGAUGGAUGAGCAGACCGAGCAGAUUGCAAGAUUAGCCAUGAAGCGAAGAGAUUCCUGGGCAAGCCUGUCUUUGUCCACGUGGGAUGAAGGUCAAAUCGAGCGCUAUGCGCAAGUCGGAACGUAUGAAGUCGUUCUGAAUGGUCACAAAUCUUAUCUUUUGAAGACUUCCAAAAAUCAAGAAGCACCUUUCCCUCACAUCCUCGAGAGUCUGCAAGAGUGCAAGGUCACUCAAAGCUUUAUACUUGGACGCAACAGCAUCGUUCUAAACCAGAACCAUCGAGCACGGUUGAUGCAAAUGACUACAGGAGACUUCUUCAUUUUGGAAGAUGUUGGCCAUCUGAUACCAAUGGAGAAUCCUCAUAGACUAGUGUUUUUGGUGAGCUGUCCACCUGUCGUGAGGUUGUAUACAGCCCAAUAUACUCAGAUUUUUGGUGUUUACAUAUCAUCUUCUCGUAACUAUACUGAUGUGGGCACUGGAGCCUUAGUAGUGCUAAAAUCUCCCACUGUAGGCAAGUCUACUGCUGAGACUAGUGCACUUACUGGUGUCCUCUCUCAGAAAAUCUAA